AUGUAAAAUAAAAAAAUAAAAUAUUAACUUUUUGAAUAGAAAUAUUUAAAAAGCAUUAUUGAAUGCAUCAAUUAAUGCAAGGGCUAGUCUGGAGCAUAUGACAAAGACCUCGGUAUUUAUGAAGAAGUCACUGAAGACAAUUGCAUAUUUAAACUAUAUCCUGAAUCUUGUAAUACAACCAUAAUUGCUGUUGACGAGUCUAAGGGAGAUUUUGUUUGUGGCAUAUGUCCUGGAAUUCAAUUAUUAAACUAUAUGCAAGAUUUGAGAUAAGAAUGCUUUGAAAAUAUAGUAAAUGAAAGAAACCUGCUCGAUCUAUAGCUAUUAGAACCUUUAAUAGAGCUUAAUAAAUAUAAUAAAGAAUCUUUGAUGAUCAUGAACUUUGGAGUAAGACAGGGAUACGAAAAUUUAAAAAUAGGUUCAAAUUUAAUUUAUCUGUUUUCACUUAAUGCUAAAAGACUAGGAUACUACCUAGCUGCAGGUUUAGUUUAUAACCCUAAAUCAGCCCAUGUAUUCUAUAAAUAAAAUUAUUAAUUGUUUGGUCAGCUUGAUUUAAUCUAAUAAAAUCUAUCUGAAGAAAUCAAAUAGAAGGUAAAAAGUAAAUAUAUGUUCCUUAUGAUUAAUUUGGUUCAAAAGAGUAUCUCAGAUUCUAAAACUUAACCAACAGUUCAAUAAUCUCGCUUAUGA